AUGUCGACAUAUAUACUCUGGUUAGAUAGAAAUGUCGACUCAACUACUAGCUUUCUUGAAAAACUUUCACAAUAUCAAUGGGUGCAAACCUUUACGGAAGUAGAUGACUGCGUCGAAUAUAUUAAAUCUCAUAUGAUGCAGAAUCUAUUUGUUGUUGCAUCUGGUUCCCUAGCAAAAUUUUUAGUACCACAAAUACACCAAUCCUCUAAUAUCAAGCAGAUAUUUAUUUUCUCUGCAUCGAUGGCGUCACAUACAGAAUGGGCAAUGGAUUAUAUCGAUGAAUUGUUAAUGUUCGAUCAUCCAGAUGAUUUAUUAGAACGCUUGUGGAUUACAAUGGGACAAUUUUUUCGAGAGCAGGCUCAGUUAUACAUCGAGCAAGAAGAAAAAUCCAUGGAAAGGGCUAAGCAAUACAAGCAGCCAUCAUGUGGAUAA